AUGAAAGAGAUCUUGCCUUGAAUGGGCGACAUCUAUCGAUUUAGAUAAGAGUUGCACCAAAGCUCAUCGCAAAGACGCCUUUGCCAACACGGAAGUUGGCAGGAGGACACCUGGCGAGGCCCAAAUAUUCACCCGUACGAGCCGAACUAAGUGUGCCAUGGCAGACUGGCCUAGCCAAGAUCCUCAGGCAACUGCAUCUGCUGCUGUUGAUGAUGACUGGGGGGAUGACUUUGGAGGGUUCGAAGCCGCUGAACCGAUCCAACCAGCCAUGGCACAACCAGUCCAGCAGGGCAUCACAGCAACGCCCUCUAUCUGGGCACAACUCAGCACAGGUGCAGUUCCACAGGUAUCCCCUGGGGGCACUGCUAAUCAAUCUCCUGGUGGGGUAAACACUGAUCCAGCUCAGGGCGUACCAUUCCAUGAUGGGGGGAGUCAAACACCUGAAAGUCAGAGGUCAAGAACUAUAUCAGGCACCUCCCAAGCUUCAUCAGAGGCAGAACCCACUGCAACAGCCAAUCAAAUCCAUUUCCCCACUGACUUCAGUCAAUUAGAUGCACCUGCUGAAGUUCUGCCAGCCAAUAAGGCUGUACCACAAUCUGCUGCUAGCCAAUCUGGCACUGAGCCAGCAAUUCCACAACCCAACCAAGUGUCAGUAGACUCUGGUGAUAACCAAUCAAAGGAAAGCAUUCCUACUUCUUCAACCAAUGAGAGCACAGCAACACCUGACCAAAGCCAACAGGGAGAUGCAGUCAUCCCACAGCAUGUUCCCACUGCAAUACUGGAAGAAAACAAAGAAUUAAAAGAUCAAGUCCAAAAGCUGCAUGACAAUCUGUCCACAGCAGAGAGAGAAAAGCUUGCGAUUCAGCAGGACCUUCAAGAUCUACUACAGAAACAACAGGCUGUUGAACAGCAGCUGUCUGACCAGACAUUACUGUCUGAACAGCAAAAAGAAAAGUACCAACAACUACAGGAAAAACAUUUGGAAGAGCUGGCAGAUAUCAGGAAGGCGGGACAUGACGCUUUGGCUGUCAUUGUUGAGGAAUACAAGGAGCUGUGUAAGACUGCAGUGCUGCAGCAGCAGGAACUGUGUGAGAAACAGCUGCAGGCAGCACUCACCAAGGAGACAGAGAGAUGUGAGGAGCUCCUACAGAAACAGCAUGAUCGGCUGUUACAACAGUUAGAAGAAGACAGAGGCCAGACAGAGGAGAGAGUCCAGGUAGCCAUCAAACAGCAGCAACAGAAAGACCAGGAGGAGUUUGAAAAGGUGUUGGCUCAAGAAAGAGAAAAGAGUCAACAGGCCAUACAGGAGGCAGUGAAGGCUGAGCAGGAAGCCGGGAGAGAUGCACUGCAGGCAGCUCUACAGGAGGAGAGGGGCAAAAGUAGGGACCUACUGGAAGAACAGAGGGCUGAACUCCAGGGGCUGCUUCAGGAGGAGAGAGACAGAGGCAGGCAGGCUGUGGAAGAGGCAGUCAGGGAGGAGAGGAAAAGGGCAAAGGAUGUUACAGCAGCUGCUGUGGAGGAGGAGAGACAGCGCGGCCGGGAGGCAGUGAGCCGGGCAGUAGAACAGGCACAGCAGGAGAUGAAACUGUACAUCACAGAACAGAGAAAGGCUGACCAGGCUGUUCGUCAGCGCUCGCUGGCGGGGGUGGAACUGUUCCUGUCAGGCGCCCUGCAGCAAAUCAGGACCCUGAUGGACAACAGCCCUCCUAGAGAGAACACCACAGAGGAAACAGACUCAACAUAGCAACAUACCGUGUCUGUCAAAUCAUACAUAUCAAAAGCUUGUGUUGUGUAAUUCCAUAUCUUUCAGGUUACAUACUAGUAGUCAAAUCAUAUGUUGAACAUGGUCCUCAGCUUCUACUAGUAUUUGCACAAGAUUAUAUCCCCAGAAGAUAGAAUUACAAUACGAGGCAUAAUGCUAUUGGUUGUUUAGUUAGUCAGAUCAGGAAUAUUGUAAUUCUAUAGGGAUUUGUGCAAUCCCACAUAGUUAGAAGUACAUGCAUGAAUUACUGUUAAUUUUAAAACCACACCUUAGUUUAGCCUCCAU